UCUGGGACAGAGCAAGGCUGAGGUUCGUGCUGGGGGAAGCCUGCCUCCCAUUGUGAUGGACUCCCUGCAGCCUCGCCGGGCUGGGCCCAUCACGUGCCCGGGAAGGUGCAAGGUCCAGCCGGGCAGGGAUCGCGGAGCCGAGGGAUGGCAGCCGGCUGCGACAUGAAGCUCCUGCUCUCCCUCCUGGGCAUCCUGCAGCUCCUGGGUGCCACCACUGCCGUGUACAAGCAGUGGAUCCCCAACACCAAUUUUGAAACUGCCUCCAACUGGGAUAAAGGCAGAGUCCCCUGUGCCAGGGAUGUGGUUCACUUUGAGAAGGACAAGGUUGUCUCGGUGUUCGUCAGGUCUCCCCACGCGCUGACAGACAUGUACCUGCCCCUGAACGGAGAAUUCGUGCUGGCAGCUGGUGCAGCCUUCACAGCUUUCGACGGCAGCUGGGAUCCAGGCUGUGACUCAGGUAGUGGAGCAGCGAGGUUCGCUGACGCUGAGCACCGCGCGUGGUUCGACCCCACGCUGUGGCGGGAUGUCCGUCCCGGCGGGGCGCUCAGGCCGAGCGCGCCCCUCUUCUCCGUGCAUGAGGAGCGCGUCCCGUGCCGCCACGAUGAUGUUAUCUUCCAGCCAGAAACCUCCUUCCGGGUAAACACCGACUCAUCGCAGCCCGUGAUUCACCUCCGCAGCAUCUCUGUCAUGGGCCAGGAGCUGAGCACCCCAUCAUCCUGGGCUGAGUACCUGGAGGGCCCCUCUGCCCCGCUGCAGUUUCAUGGCAAUGGCACUCUCCAGGUGACAGGCACUGGCUGUCCUGAUAAGUCUGGCUGUGCCUGCGGGAACACCCUGGAUGGCCCCCGCAUCUGCGCAGCCCUGCUCAGGGCAUCAGGGAGCCAGUGCCCAGAGCCAGCGUGCCAGAGCCCUUUGCAGCCCCUUGGCCACUGCUGUGGGGUCUGUGGGGCCACCAUUAACCUGGAUUUCACUCCUGAUUUUGACCUGCAGAAGUACCAGGACAAAUUGGUCCAAGAGUUGCUGAGCCAGCCCAAAUACGCUGGCGUGCAGAUGGCCAUAUCCAAGGUGCACAGAGCACAGACCUUCCUGGGCGUCGUGUCCCGAAGCGCCGCUCCUCUCAUCCAGAUCGUGCUGAUUGAUGACAGAGAGGGAGUGCAGGCGGGCACCGCUGCGGAGCAGCUGGCAGCAGACAUCAUGCAGAGCAUAGCACAGCACGGUGAAGCUCUCGGCAUUUCAAGUGGCAAAAUGGAAGUGGCCACUGGCAGCACUGCCAGCGGGCACGUGGGGAGCCUCCCAGUGAGCAGGAUCACAGCAGGGACAGUCAUGGGGCUACUCUUCAGUCUCCUGCUCCUUGGAGGGAUCCUCUUUCUCUACAGAAGGGGAAAGCUGAGGAUUCCUGCUCUGCGCCAGACCCACCCCUGGCAGAGAAUGGAGGAGCCAGCGUCCCCUGCACCAGCCAGUGACAAAGGCUUUGACAACCCCGUGUUCAGCGUGGAGCCUCCAGAUGUUGACCUUGGAGAAGUGAUACCCAAAGAUCUCCAGGUGUUCUACCUCAACCCUCUGUACGAUGCCAGUGAGACAGAGACCUGAUGGUGUGGACUCAUGCUGGGGGUAGACACCACUCUCUUGGGGAUAUCACCACCUCUCCAACCCUCACAGCUCCUCACAGUCCCUCACAUCACUCCUGCUGGGAUUCAAGCCAGAAGCAGAUCCCACCUGAAUAAAAAUGUCUGUGCAGUGAAGGAAACCAUAGCAAACCUUCACUGCUGGGACUCAGUCACAUGGA